CCCGUACUAAGAUAAACCGUAUCAUAAUCUAGACAUGGUAUUAAGAGAAUAAGAGUACUAAGUUAAUUAACAUAUUUUUUCAUUAUUAUUUGCUUGUAUUAAGAAAGAUUUGUGUUAGUGAACAACCAAAACACACAGCUUUGAGAAGGAUGGGAAGCAAACUUCAUAUUAUUAUGUUUCCAUGGUUUGCAUAUGGUCAUAUAUACCCAUUCAUCCAACUCUCUAACAAGCUCUACUCACAUGGCAUCCAAAUCUCUUUCUUCUCCAUACCCGGAAACAUCGAUCGCAUUAAAUGCUCCCUUAAUCUCACUCCUCCAAACCAACUCAUCUCCCUUACUAUACCUCCAGUUGAAGGACUACCCCCCAACUUUGACAGCAGCUCUGACAUAACAACAGAAACUUCUGAGCUCCUCAAAGUAGCACUUGACCAAAUGCAACCCCAAAUCAAAACCCUCUUAUCUCAACUCAAACCCCAAAUCAUCUGCUUUGAUUUUGCACACUACUGGCUUCCCCCAAUAGCUUCUGAAUUAGGCAUCAAAGCUGUUUAUUUCAGUGUAUUUUCAGCUGUUUCGAAUUCAUAUCUAACUAUUCCUGCGAGAAUGCUUGAUCCAACUAAACAACUCACAGUUGAGGACUUAAAGAACCCUCCUCAAGGCUACCCCAAAACCUCAAUCACAUCAGUAAAAACCUUCCAAGCUCGAAACUUCCAGUACAUUUUCAAGAGCUUCCACGGUGGACCCCCCGUUUUCGAAAGGGUAAUGAGCUUCAUAACAGCUUGUGAUGCUACAAUCUACAAGACCUGCACUGAAAUAGAAGGUCCAUACAUAGAUUACUUAAAGACACAGAUAGGAAAACCACUGAUUUUGGCUGGGCCUUCUGUUCCUCCACCACCCUCUGGUGAACUAGAAGAAAAAUGGGAACACUGUUUAGGUAACUUCCCUGAAAAAUCAGUCAUAUUCUGCAAUUUCGGAAGUGAGACGUACUUGGAUAACACGCAGAUUCAGGAGCUUACACUAGGGUUAGAGCUCACUGGUCUGCCCUUCUUCCUGGUUCUGAAUUUUGGAACCAGUAGCGUCGACGCCCAUGCUAAGUUAGAAGCGACGCUACCAGAAGGGUUUCAAGAGAGAAUUAGAGACAGAGGAGUAGUGCACACAGGGUGGGUGCAACAGCAGCACAUUCUAGCACACAGAAGUGUAGGAUGUUACUUAAAUCAUGCAGGUUUUAGCUCUGUAAUAGAGGGUAUUGUGAAUGAUUGUCAACUAGCAUUUGUUCCACAAAAGGGUGACCAAUUUAUCAACUCUAAGUUUUUCAGUGGGGAUCUGAAGCUGGGUGUGGAGGUAAACAGGAGAGAUGAAGAUGGGUAUUUUGGAAAAAACGAUAUUCUGAAAGCUAUACAGACAGUCAUGGUGGAUACUGAUAAAGAACCAGGUAGAUUCAUCAGAAAGAAUCACAGCAAUUGGAGAAUGUUUUUCUUAGAUAAGGAGAUAGAAACUAGAUACAUAGAAAAUUUGGUUGAUGAACUUGUUGUCUUGGCGUGAAAAAGGUUGGUGAUCAUUGAUCAAGGCUCCCGAAAGUUGUGGAUGACCAACUAGCUUAUACGAAAUUAUGAAGUACUCCGUCAUGUUGAUUAAGCGUAUGCGUAUCACCUAAUCACCUCCUUAAUGUUCGUUGAAGAUCAAAUAACACAUCAGGAUUUUCAAACACAUGUAGUUGCCCCACUUUGAUUCCAAAAUCUAACAGCUGUUAAUAUAACACUUCAAACAGGCUCACUUAUCAUUUCACCAACUAAACGAAACUCCAUUAGAAAAA